AUGAACUCAUUCUACCGGCUACAACAACCUUCCACUUCAUUUACAUCCGCUGGAACCGGUUGUUUUGAGUCAUCCGAUUACGCCAACAAUAAUACUGGCAGUAGCUCAAGUGCGACUUUUUCUACCACAACAAACUCUUCGAGGUCCACUCAAAAGUUGUAUAACACCCCAAACAGCGAUAGUAGUGAGUUCUCCACGGAGCAGAUUUACAAACCAAUCGGGAAGAAGAGAUACCUGCGAAAGGAACUGUCCAAAACUCCGAUCUGGAAACUCCGAGAAAUCAUGGAGGAGCUGGAAGCAAGGGCUGAUGGUAAGUUGGCCAGCAAAGGAGAUAUUGAACCAUCUUUGCCGCCGAGAGAGUGCGCUUAACGCGGAGAGCGGUCAGAGAGAAAAACGCUUUUAAAAAAAAUGAUUUUUUUUGUGGAAACAUUACGCGUUACAGUAGAAAUAGAUAUCAAACUUUUCGUACCAAAAUUUGGCAAAAAGUCCUAAUUGUUAGCCGAAUUUCGAUCUUAAAAUCUCGAUUGUUUCUACUGCAAAGCGCGAAGGACUCUCGUAUAUAUGUUAGAAAAAAUUUCUCUAAAUCUGUACCAAGUUUCAUCAAAAUCUGAGCGUCUCACUUGGGGUACUUCCUCUGUUACUUCGAAUAUAACUUUUCUUAUUUCCCCCUAUUUUAGUGGCCAACACGGAUCUUGUCGUCCUCCUCAUGAAACGAGACCAACUCUACUUGGAAAAGGACGCCCUUCAACUGGAAGUGGAAGACAUUUUAGAGCAAGUUCAAUGUGUCUUUUUAACCCCUGUUGUUUGCAGAUUCCACAAGGCAAAAAGUGUCGCAUUGGCAGUGAAUAGCAAGACGGUGAAGGGAAAGUGUAAAUGA